UCCUAUAUAAAUUUUCCCUGUAAACUUAGACUUCUAAGUCCUCUGUUUUCUUGACCCACUUUCCUUUCAAUAAAGCUAAAAUCUUUCCUAUAUAAAUUCCCCAUAAAUUUGAUGGGUUCAUUUGUAUUUCUUGCUUGAUCUUCAUUUUGUUGCAAUUCCUUUUCUUUUUGAAUCUCGAUCACAUUGAUUUUCUUUGCAUUACCCAUUAAUCCAAAUAAUUGGGAUUGUAUAAUCCAAUUGUGAAUUCUGAAUUCUUGGUAUAUAUAUUUCUGGGAUGUUAACCCUUAAUUUUUUUUGGAAAGGGAGGAAUUUGUAGGAAAAGGGUUUAAUUUUUUGUGUAAGCAAAUGCUUGAUUGUCUUUGUUUUGGGAGGAGAAAGAGAAGUAAUUAUGUGGAGUUUAAUGGAGAAAAAAAUUGCCAGUCUUCUAAAACCCCUACAAUCUCAGAUUCUAAUUUGGUUUCAGAAGUCAAUAAACAUGAGCGAAAAGCUGAGGUGAAAUCCAAAGAGUUGUCCCCUAUUGCCGAGAAUGUCAAUCAUGGUCAUGAUAAAGCUAGAGUCUUUAACUAUAGAGAACUUGCUACAGCUACCAGAAACUUUCACCCGGACAUGUUCCUUGGGGAAGGUGGAUUCGGGUCUGUUUACAAGGGAAUGCAUCUGGGUAUCGAUGAGGUCGUGGCUGUUAAGAAGCUUAAUCUAACAGGCGUUCAAGGUGAGAAGGAGUUCCUAGUGGAGGUUCUCAUGCUUUCUCUUCUGCGUCACCCAAACCUUGUGCAAAUGAUUGGCUACUGUGCUGAAGGCGUUCAGCGCCUACUUGUCCUCGAAUUCAUGCCCUUGGGAUCACUUGAAGCUCACCUUCACGAUCUUCCACCCGACAAGGAGCCAUUAGACUGGUACACCAGAAUGAAAAUCGCUGCCGGUGCAGCAAAAGGAGUGGAUUACCUCCACAAUGAAGCAAAGCCAUCUGUUAUUUUCAGAGAUUUGAAGCCAUCUAACAUUUUGCUAGAUAAAGACUUCAACGCAAAACUCUCUGAUUUUGGGCUUGCGAAAUUCGGUCCAGUUGGAGAUAGUUCUCACGUCUCCACUAGAAUCAUGGGUACCCAUGGGUAUUGUGCUCCCGAGUAUUUUUUAACCGGCAAACUGACCGUUAAGUCUGACACAUUCAGCUUCGGGGUGGUUUUGUUGGAGCUUAUUACUGGACGUAAAGCAGUUGAUACGACUCAUCAAGGUGGAAGAACUUCUCUAGUUGCUUGGGCGCGUCCGCUAUUGAGAGAUCCGAGAAAGCAUUUGCAGUUAGCAGAUCCUCGGUUGAAUGGGCAAUUUCCGAUGUCUGCCUUGCACAGGGCUGUAGAGGUUGCUGCUAUGUGUCUUAGAGACAAAGCAGUUGCUCGGCCCACCAUGCAUGAUGUGGCUCUAGCCAUGAACUAUUUGACGUCUAGGAAGCAUAUUCGUCCACACAGUGUAUCCGAAGGAAAUAUUAAUUCUCUCGAUAUUAGCCCGAGAGACAAACUCAAGGCAUUGAGUGUUGAUGUUAACAGAGAGCAGGCUGUAGCCGAGGCCAAAAUGUGGGGGGAAAAAUGGCGAGAAAAGAGACGGCAAAGUGCAGGUAGUAGUUCGGAUGGCUUGAGCAGCUGGGUUACGGAAAUGCAGGACUCGUAAAAGCGACACAAGUUAGGAUAACUUGGUUGAGAAAGAGGUUGAAAUCGAAGAGCCAUUUUCAAGAUCCUACCAUAAACAUGGAUAAUGAUUCUCAUUUAUUGUUUGCAAGUUGGAAUUGUUUUUCAAAGGAAAUGAUUAGUGGUAGAAGAUGAUAGUCAAAUGGGUUUGAAUUUAGAUUUUUAUUAGAUGAAAGAAUCUAUGAUGUAGGAUAGAUGGCAAACUUCAUGCCAUUGUUGAAGUUCCAUUGUGGGCAUGGAUCUAGUCAUAUGAGUCUCUUCACUGAAAUAUAUACUAUAUCUGUGUCUUUGAAUUUACACCAUAUAAAUUAAAUAUGUGAAAGCCUUUUGAAUCAUAUAGUGUAAACUCAAAGAAAUGGUAGAAGUACAUGUGAAUGAUGCAUUAGCGUAUAAUCUUGUCCUUGUUUGAAGAUGUACCAACGAUAUUGAAUGAUUUGUGAAUGAAUUAGACUAAUGACUCAAUAAUUUUCG